UGGCAUCUGUUGACACGUCAUAAUCGAAACACUACUUUUAGACGAGUGACGAGACAGGCUCCUUUUUGACCCCAUCAAAUAAGUGCAAAAUGCAAGACAAUUGACUGAGUUUAUCUUAAACGCUCUUUCCUACUGUUAAUUAUAUUUCGGAAAAAGUUACUUAACGUUCCUCACCGUAAUACGCUAUGAGGAGUGUGUCCUAAAAUUUGUGAGGUUAUGCUGGUCUUGCAUGAUUAUAACAAUACUACUGAACAAUAUGAUGAUAAUGUGCAUCAUUUACAAUCACGAAUAGAAUUUAGUAUGUUCUCCAGAUAAAAAAACCUCUUCAAUUUAUACUGUCACCGAUAGAUUGCAAUAAGAGCUGACUAAAGAUCCCUACAAAUCAACAAUUGCAAAGGUCGUACCAAUGCCCAACAAUGGAAGUUCGGAACUUGUAAAAUUGUGUCGUGACAAAGACAAUAAGCCCUGGUUUAUUUUCCAAAAAACCAAAUAUGUAUGGUCAGUGGAUAAGAAACAGUUUCAGGGUCUUGAGUUCCCAGUUGACAAAGUAAUCAGUGCAUAUCGAGAUUGGAAAGGAUAUCAGGAUGAUAUUCAUUUUACUGAAGCUGAGGAACACUACGGUAAAAACAAAUUGGAUAUGGUGGUUCCUGAAUUCUCGAAGCUUUUUAAAGAACGAGCAAUUGCCCCAUUCUUCGUUUUCCAAGUAUUCUGUGUUGCUUUAUGGUGUCUAGAUCAGUUUUGGUAUUAUAGUAUUUUUACCCUGGUCAUGUUAAUUAUGUUCGAGUGCACGCUCGUUCAACAACAAAUGCGGAAUAUGGCUGAAAUAAGAAAAAUGGGAAACAAACCUUAUAUGAUGAUGGUAUAUCGUAAUCGUCGAUGGCGCCAAAUUUUCUCGGAUCAACUGAUUCCUGGUGAUAUUGUAUCGAUAACUCGAUCUCACAACGACAACCUUGUACCUUGCGACAUACUCCUUCUGCGCGGUCCAUGCGUCGUAGAUGAGAGUAUGCUCACUGGUGAAUCAGUACCACAGAUGAAAGAACCGGUCGAAGAAAUUGAUGGAAACGAAGAAUUAAAUAUUGAGGGCGAGCAUAAACUACACGUUUUAUUUGGCGGAACGAAAGUUGUUCAACAUACACCACCGAUUAAAAAUUCAUCGGGUCUCAGAGCUACUGACAACGGAUGCGUUGGUUAUGUAUUACGCACGGGUUUCUCCACAUCACAGGGAAGACUGUUAAGAACUAUAUUAUUUGGUGUGAAACGAGUCACUGCCAAUAAUCUGGAAACUUUCUGCUUUAUUCUUUUUUUACUCGUUUUUGCAAUCGCAGCUGCUGCUUAUCUAUGGAUCAAAGGAAGUGAAGACCCGAAACGGAACAGAUACAAAUUAUUCCUAGAAUGCACGCUCAUUCUAACAUCGGUCGUUCCACCAGAGUUGCCAAUCGAAUUGUCAUUAGCAGUCAAUACUUCGUUGCUCGCAUUAUCGAAACUGGGAAUUUUCUGUACUGAGCCUUUCAGAAUUCCGUUUGCUGGUAAGAUCGAAAUUUGCUGCUUCGAUAAGACUGGGACGUUGACAAGCGACAAAUUAAUCGUUGAAGGUGUAGCUGGAAUCGACGGUGAUAUGAGCGUACAACCAAUCGAUAAAGCGCCAAAAGAAACAAUCCAAGUAUUGGCAACAUGUCAUUCACUCGUGCAAAUCGACGAGGGUAUUGUUGGUGACCCUCUUGAGAAAGUUACGCUGGAUGCAGUCAACUGGAAUUUGACAAAAGGUGAUGCUGUCAUUCCGAAAAAAGGUAAAGGGCACGUACUGAAGAUCUUUUACCGACAUCACUUUUCCUCGGCUUUAAAACGGAUGUGUGUCGUCUCCGGAUAUUCGUUAACAAGUGCAUCAUCUGAAAUGAAUUAUAUAGUGACUGUAAAAGGGGCUCCGGAAACGUUGAAGAGCAUGUUUUCUGACGUUCCGGAAAACUACGAGACAACCUAUCUAUCGUUAUCACGACGGGGCGCACGGGUUUUGGCUCUGGGUCAUCGACAGCUUCGCCCGGGAAUAACACACCAGGAAAUUCGAGAUAUGUCCCGAGACGAGCUCGAGCAGAACCUCAAAUUCGUCGGCUUUAUUAGCAUCAACUGUCCCCUAAAGCCUGAUUCUAAGUCUGCAAUAAAAGAAAUAUUGAAUGCGUCACACUCAGUUGUCAUGAUCACCGGUGACAAUCCUCUGACAGCUUGUCAUGUUAGUCGUGAAUUGGAAUUUACGAAGAAGGAUAUAACUCUUAUAUUGACGAGAUUUGGUUCGGAUUGGUAUUGGCAAAGUGUCGAUCAAACAAAAAGGAUACCACUGGACGCUGGAAACGUUGGCACUAGAGGGAAAGAAAUCUGGAAUCAAUACACCCUCUGUAUGACUGGUGAAGGCUUGUCAUAUCUAAAAGAAGAAGAUGGAGGACUUUUACACAAACUGUUGCCUCAUGUUGUGAUUUUCGCUCGUUGCGCGCCGAAACAGAAGGAAUUCAUAAUAAUAUCAUUGCAAGAUUUGGGUUACACGACUUUGAUGUGUGGAGACGGUACAAACGACGUGGGAGCCUUGAAACAUUCGCAAGUCGGUGUGGCGAUAUUAUCAAUUCCUCCACAACAACAAAAUUCUGAAAAGAUAGCAGUGUCACUUGCCACCAGCUCUACGGACACGAAUAGAGGAGGAAAAAACGGUGGGCGACAUCAAAAUUCUAACAAGACGCCAAUGAAAAUACCGAAUCUAUUACAGGAGCUUGAAGAGCAAGAUUCGGCCACGAUCGUUAAAUUGGGCGAUGCGUCGAUAGCCGCACCCUUUACGAGCAAGUUGUCUUCUAUACUGUGCAUUUGUCAUGUGAUUAAACAAGGCCGAUGCACUUUGGUAACAACACUGCAAAUGUUCAAGAUUCUUGCACUCAAUGCAUUGGUUCUUGCCUACAGUCAAUCGGUGCUGUACACCAACGGGAUUAAAUUCAGCGAUGCUCAAGCCAGCGUUCAAGGACUUCUAUUGGCAGCUUGCUUCUUGUUCAUAUCACGUUCGAAACCGUUAAAAACUUUGUCUAAACAAAGACCACUGCCAAAUAUUUUCAACGUUUAUACUGUAAUGACGGUUAUGCUUCAAUUUGCUGUACACUUUUUUUGUCUCAUUUACCUCGUUCAAGAAGCCACACUGUUUUCAUCAAAGAGCAACAAUGGGGAGCUUGUCCAUUCACUGCCACCAGAGGAUGCAGCUGAAGUAAUAUCAGCUGCCAUUUGGAGCAACGAGGACAAACCAUACGAAGUCAAUUUGUUGAACAGUACAGUCUAUAUCAUUUCCAUGGCAUUACAGGUUUCAACAUUCGCUAUAAACUACAGAGGACAGCCGUUCAUGGAGGGAUUCAUGGAAAACAAGGGUCUAUUAUACUCUUUACUUGGAAGUUCGGCUCUCAUCUUAGGCCUUGUGCUUGGAUAUUUCCCUAGUAUAGCGUUCCAAUUGGAAAUACUUGAAUUUCCUCAUGAGUUUCGGUCUACGUUACUUCAAGUUCUAGUGGUGAACUUCAUCGCAGCUGGGAUGGUCGACAGAGCAUGUCGAUGCCUUUUUGGCGAAGAUAAAAUCCAAAUUAUGCGAUUGUAGCAACUCUAUGAGACUUGAAAACUGGUUUCAUAUUUUUUCUGCUGUGUAUCCUUGUUGAGCACUAUUCCAGGAAAAAUACGCACAUUUAUUUUUUGUUCGAAAAUUUCAAACUAAACUGAAUUCCGUAUAUUGGUAACAGUGUUUUAUUUCUUUGCUUUAGGGCUUGAACUUGAACUGUAAUAUGUUACUGUAACCUGAAGUGCGUUUCUACUAAAUUUACGACACAAAUGUGGAGUAGUACAAAAAUACGUCAGUGAAUAUUCUCUUUUUUCAUCUGGGUGAAGCAUUUUUAUACCGUUCCUAAGAAUUAUAAGCCAUAAUUAUAGCUUAUGAGAAAUUUUGGUCAUGGUGUACGUUACUAUGUAACACAAUGAUGAUUACGUGGAAUCUGGUUGCCCAUCUCAUGAUUAAAAAAUUGCCUCUCUGCUGAUGUUGAGAAAAAACAAAGAAUAGCAAAUACAAUUCUAUUCAAUCGACAGAAA